UCAGAACCGCAUGUUUUUGGUCCCGAACUUCUCUGGCGGAGAAGCUGCUACGAUGCCGGAAGAGACCCUCGAACGCCGGGGCUCCGCCGCCGCCGCCCCUCUCGUCUUCUCCGUCGUCAUGGCCUUCCACUUCCUCUCGUGGUGGUUCGACCGCCUGAAGAAGGGGGGAUCGAUGAGUGCGGUGGAGAUCCAGCUGCGCGAAGAGAUUAGGGAGCUCUUGAAAGAGGCGAGCUCGUUGUCGCAGCCAUCAACUUUUGCACAAGCUGCAAAACUUAGGAGAUCGGCAGCUGCUAAGGAGAAGGAACUGGCAAAAAUUCAAGAAUCAUGCAGCAGAGAGAUGAAGUACUCCUAUGAUUUGUAUUUGAGAGUGCUGUUUUUUACAAAGGUGUUUACGUAUUUUGUGCUGAUUUGCUGGUUUUGGAAGGCUCCUAUUGCUAUGAUAUCUCAGCAGCUUGUUCAACCAUUUGGAAGACUAUUAUCAUGGGGAGCUGGAAGCCAUUUAGGUGGCAAUGUUAUGGUUGGGAUCAUACCCUGGUUGAUACUUUCUACAAGGGUCAGCAGAUUCGUAGUUAAACACUUCAAAUGAUAAAUAGGCAAUAUCUAUCUGCAUAUAUCGCUGAUUGAGGAUCCAAUUCAGUCAUCGUUUCCGCAAUGUGGGCGGGAGAGAGGAGGUCAAAUUUGUGCAGAUCCUUUUAUAUCGGUGCAUCAUUUUGCCUCACAUUUUUGUCUCUUUCCUUUUACAAAUUAUGUCUAAUUCAGUUUUGGCGUUGACCGUGUAAAUUAGCCUCUUUAGAAGUUCAAUUUCUUGCGUCACCUGAAGUUUGGUAGAAGUGAAUCCACUUGUAUUGUUAGUGUUGUAUGUUGUCAUAUAUGCUCAAUUCUUUCCCUUCA